AACAAGCGUAAAGAGCCAUUAGGAGCUUCAGUGAGAAGAAAGCGCAGGGCUGUCCUAUUACUACUCAUGUCUAUGCGUGUUUCGAGGACAUAUUCCGAUCAUUGGGAAUCUAUAACGUUGAGAUUUAAGGACACUCGCUGUGAUUCACCUUGUGGGCUCGAGACUGAAGGAGAUAUGCGCUUUUUCAAGGCAGUUUGUUCCUCUGAUUGUUUUUGAACUGGGAUCUGCAUUGGUUUAGUGAAACCAGUCUGUCCUUGGACCUCCAGCGUGUAUGUGCACGAGUGUGUGUGCGCGCGUGCGUGCGUGCAUGCAUGGUUGAAUGUGUGUGUAUGCAGGAGUGUGUGUAACCCCAGCACAAUUUCUUGAAGGGGUCUUUUUUUUCAAAGGAAGGUAUUUUGGGUGUCUCUUUUGGAUGUAUGGGAUACACCUUGACCGGACUGGACCCUUUGGGGGGGCAACAAUGAGGGUAACUGGGAAGUGGAAACCAUCAGGACCCUGAGGCUGGUGUAAAUGCUUUUUCUGACUACCUCAGCUUUUUGAGAAGGUCAGAGCUCCCUGUGACACGCUUGGGCCGUUGGCACUAAGAUGUCCCUCAGUAGUGGCACUGCAGGCGGGAAAGGUGUGGACUCAAAUGCGGUGGACACUUACGACAGCGGGGAUGAGUGGGAUAUCGGUGUAGGAAACCUGAUUAUUGACCUCGACGCCGACUUAGAAAAAGACAAGCUUGAGAUGUCUGGCACCAAGGACGGGGACGGAAUGGCUGCUGCGCCAAGUGCUGUAGCGACGUUGCCGGACAAUAUUAAGUUCAUUAAUCCUGUGCCGCCUCCACCUAUCAAAGACAGCAAAUCCAAAACUAAACGUAGCAAAAAUUCCAAGGACAGUAGCAAAUCCUCAACCCCUGAAGGGGCCAAGAAGGACAGCCAGGGGCGGACCCCGAACGAGGGCCCAGGGCCAACUGUGGGCAGCGGUUCCACAACAUUACCCAGCUCUGGAAAAGGAUCGGAUAAAAGUAACAAGGCCUCUCGUACUGUUCCUAGUGGAAAGAAGGACAAAGAAAGUUCUGGGAAAAGUAAAAAGGAGAAGAACGAUGGCAUUCAAGCCGGGACCCUUCCUGUAGAGAAGGACCCAGUGAGCCAGGUUUUGCCUUUAGUGCAGGCUCGGAAUACCCCUUUCGAGGGGACGCAAAUUACGGACAGCGCUGAACAAUUAGGGAAUAUUUCCCUCGAUACUGCUGGAAUAGUAGCGCCGUUGACUAUCAAGAGCGAACCAGAAGAAGUGGACAAUAAUGAUUGCAGAAACAUGAAGAAAGUUAAAAGCGAGAAGAUGGAGUCUCCAGUGUCUACACCGGCACCACCACCCCUUCAUCUUCUCGCACCUGUCAGCAACAGCGACAUCUCCUCCUCGUGUGAGCAGAUCAUGGUUCGCACGCGCUCUGUGGCCGUCAACACUUCUGACGUGUCUUUGGCCACUGAGCCGGAAUGUCUGGGUCCAUGUGAACCGGGUACCAGUGUUAACCUGGAAGGCAUAGUCUGGCAGGAAACUGAGGAUGGUAUGCUGGUUGUUAAUGUUACCUGGAGGAAUAAGACAUAUGUGGGCACCCUUUUAGACUGCACUCGACAUGACUGGGCGCCCCCACGAUUCUGUGAGUCACCCACAAGUGAUUUGGAGAUGAGGAAUGGUCGUGGUCGGGGAAAGAGAAUGAGACCCAAUAGUAACACACCGGUCAACGAGAACAGCAAUUCUUCGGAUAAUAAAGGCUGCAACAACAGCAAGACUCGAGCCGCAUCAAACAGUAAGGGGCGACGGGGCAGUCAGAAUUCCUCAGAACGUCGCACUCCACCAAACAGCAACAUAGAGGAUGUAAAAACUAGUCCGUCAUCUACUAACAAACGCAAGAAUAAACCUGCCUCGGACAUGGAGCCCAACUCAAGUUCAGAGGACACUAAGGGUAGCAAGCGUAUGCGUACCAUUUCAAACAGUGGAAUACCUCACCCUGUACUUCCUCUCUCCAAUGUUAAAGCAGAACCCUUGCCCCCCUCUUUGGAUCGCAACUGCCCUUCUCCAGUGCUCAUAGACUGCCCCCAUCCCAACUGCAACAAGAAAUACAAGCACAAAAAUGGCUUGAAGUAUCAUCAGGCUCGUGCUCACAAUGAUGAUGACAUCAAGCUGGAUAUAGAUGGCGAUAGUGAGUAUGGUGAGGAUUCUACCUUGCAUCCAGACCCGGGCAGCUGCAAUGGUGCAUCCAUUUCUCAGAAGGGAUGUUCUUCUCCUGCAAGGUCGGUCACCCCCAAGGGGAGGGGAUUUGAUGCCCAGAGCCCAUCACCUUCAUCUGCGAAGUUUAGCUCCAAGCAGCCUGGCAAGAAAAAACUGGAGGCUGACAAUGAUUCCAGUGUGCCCAUACAUGGCUGUGAGGAUGGCCCCUGUCUUACAGAUGAGACAAGUAAUGACGGCUUUGAUGACAAGAAGGGCUUAGAUAAAGGCAAGAAGUCUGGAAGUGGUGCUAAAGCAGACAAGCUUGCUCAGAAGGGCAUGAAGUCAGCAAGACCCCUUGUUCCCUCUUUACCCCCACAGCAGUUGUAUGGCUUACAAACCUCUGGAUUCCCCACCCCCAAUUCUGCCGCCUCUAGUAUCGGUUCUGUCGUCCAGUCCAUCAGCAAGAGCCCCCAACUAAAAACCCUUCAACCCAAACCUGCAGUGACGGGAGAUCCCUCAAUGAAUGCAGCCUCAAGUGGCUCAAAGGACAAGAAGAAGAAAGAUAAGAAAAAGAAGGAAGUUAGUAAGGAAGGGGACAGUCCAAAGGCCCCUGGGAAAGGAGGAAAACCCGAAGAAGGUAAAAGCCCAUAUUCUGAGAGCUCAGACCAAAGCAGUAAGAGUGAGUGCCUGUUGAACGGUUCCACGGAUCCUCAUCAGAGUCGGCUAGCCAGCAUGAAAGCAGAAGCAGACAAAAUCUACAGUUUUUCCGACAAUUCUCCCAGUCCAUCCAUUGGUGUGGCCAGUCGGAUAGACGCUGGGGGGAUAGUGCAACCUCUCACACCACUUCAAGUGGUUACCCAAAAUGGGGCAGACAACUCUUCUGUGAAGACCAACAGCCCAGCGUACUCCGACAUUUCUGAUGCAGGGGAAGAUGGAGAGGGCAAGGUAGACAGCAUGAAGGUCAAAUCUGAGGAUCAGGCUCCUCGAGAAUGUGCCAAGAAAUCUCUGUUCCCAUCCCAACAACCCAACAAGGAUACUUUCUAUCCCGGUUAUGAAACGUACUACUCACCCAAUUAUGGCAACUCGAACCCCAGUCCAGGAGUCUCUAAUGCUGCCACGCCACUGCAAGAUGCUGCAGUGAAGGUGAAAAAAGAAGAAGACCCAGAACCAGGGAACGACAAGGUGAAAUCAGAGCCACCUGAAGAACGAAAGCCGGAAAUAAGUACAUCAUCUCAGCAGCAACAGCAGCCAUCGGUCAUUCAGCAGCGGCCUAGCAUGUUCAUGCAGCCCCUCUAUUACAACCAGUAUGCAUAUGUACCUCAGUAUGGCUAUUCCCCAGACCAGGCCUACCAUAACCACCUGAUGAGCACAAACCCUGCUUACAGGCAACAGUGUGAGGACAGACAACGACAAGUGGCUGAGCAGCAUCGUGCUGCGGAGAGAAAAUCUGAAGCUGCUCAGAAGGACAGGGAAGCCUCCUUGAAGUCUGAAGAAUGGAAGCAGAAAGCUUCAGUUCCUCCAACCCUGUCCAAAGCUCCAAGCCUCUCAGACUUGGGCAAGCCUUCCCCACAGGGCAAGUCCAAAGAUCCCUCUGAACCGAGCAAGUCCGUCAUUAUCCCCAAAGUGGAAGAUGGCAAGGGACAGUCCCAGCAGGGUGAGGGUUUAAAAAUGAAGCUGAGUGAAGCGGGGCAUCAUGGUAAGGAUGAGCAAAAGCCAGGCAUUGAGUCUGGAAGAUCUGCGAUGGAUCAGGCCAUUUACAUGUAUCGACAGGAGCCGGACUCUCGACUGUGGCCCUACGUUUAUCCCAGCAAGUAUCCGGAUGCUCAAAAACAGAUCGAUGAGGAGAGGUGGAAGGAAGAAAGAGAACGGGACCGCGAGCGAGAAAGGGAGAGAUAUCGGGACAGAGAUCGUGAAAGAGACAGGAAGGGAAAAGACGAAAGGCAACGUCCUAAAGACACUCCCUCUAAAGAGGAUGGCAAGGAAGGUGCAGAGCCAAGAACCUCAUCAGCCUCAGAGGAGCAUAGAGGGGUCAGCAAAGAUCACCGGGCACACAUGCAGUUUUCCUCACAUCUGCCACAGCCCCAGUCAUAUAUGUCCUACAUGCACGGAUAUCCCUAUGGCCAGGGCUAUGAGCCCAACCAUCCAGGAUACAGGGGGAUGCCCACUGUCAUGAUGCAGAAUUACCCCGGGUCGUACUUGUCACCAGGAUACUCCUUCUCCCCAUACGGUAAUAAGAUGCCCCCAGGUGAGGAAGGUGAGAAGUCUCGUGCCAGUCCGACGGUUAGCGGAAAGUCCACAUCCGAGUCCAAAGCUUUGGACAUCCUGCAUCAGCAUGCCAGCCAAUAUAAGAGCAAGUCACCCACAGUUGGUGAAAAGGCGCACCAUGAAAGAGACAGAAGUGGAAGCGAGCGGGAAAGAGAUGGUGAGCGUCCAAGAUCUUCGCCUUCGCAGCGGAUCAUGCCUUCCCACCAUCACCUAGGCUACCCAAUACUCCCAGGACAGUACGACCUGUCCUAUGCUACAGGUAUCUCCUCUUCAGCAAUUAGUAGUCAACAAGCCUCUGCCCCCUCACUCUAUCCCCCAGCACGGAGGUGAGAAUGGAAGAAGUGAGUGGACGGUUUUGUGCGGACAUGUGACUGGUUCACAUGAGGACACGAUGUGGAGCUUACAACAUCAGUUCAAUGAUGUUCCUGAUUUCUUUCCGCUUUUGCCGGGUUUCCCGGCGCCUUUGACAACCAUUGUCAGAGAAAGUGGAAGGCCAGCCUUUUACAUAACCAACGAACACCUCCGCACGUGUAGACGCCCCUCUCUGUGCUGCUGGUUUCAUACUCAGGAGAGAGGAAACACUGUCUUCAGAGAGCUCACAUGAUGCACAUGUUCUCUUAGAAAUGGACCUUAUUGACAUUCUGGAAGUCACUACGUUGUUUUGUGUUCAUACCCGGCCAUUUAUGAAGCGCUGCUCUGGACUGCUGCUCUAGAGCCCUGAGGAUUACGUUUUUUUUGUGAGAAAGAUCUGUGCAUCUUUGUUGUCGCCUUCACUCUCUGUGGACUCUAUGCAAGUGGAAAAGUCUUGAUUAUUUUGUUCAUUCAGGGCAGUAAACUCUGUUCAUGCUCCACUAAGCGUUGCUUAAGAUGUCAGAGAUGAUGAACAUUGGUUUUAGAUGCACUUCAUGUCCAUUGUCACCCAAACUCACUCCAUUAACUUUUUGGCAUUGGAUAAGUUUUUUCCUCAGAAGAUAACAAAGCGGUCGUUCUAUUCUGUUUCACAACUGGCCUGGUUUUCAGUUUUGUAACGGGGUGUCUGACAUUUGGAUUAUCCGGGUUGUGGAGAAAAAAUGAAGCAUUGGCUGCUCUCUGACAUGUAGUGUCCCCAAAGGAAGGAGCUUCUGUUUCCAGACUGGGUUUAUAGAAAUGGAGUGGAUGUGUGGACAUGUGUGGACACAUCUGCUCUUCCCAGAUCCGCAGUCGAACGGGUGUGAACGGAGACACCGGACUCUGAACUAUGUUUGUCUGGUAACAAACUGAUCCUUCACGCACGGAUACAUUGAUAUGCUGCUUGUGAAUCUCAUGUCAGACUGCAUGAGUGACGUCUGAAAGAGGCCCAUCUUUAAAGCUUGGAGUAACCCCAAGAGCGAGCGAUCCAGCGACUGGACCUGAGUCCACAUUGAUCAACAGACUCUCUGAGCACCAAACAAUGAAGACGGUCGCUGGAAACAUGCUUUUGAGCGUUCCCUCACUUUCCUCCAUGUGUCUGCAUGGUUAUAAUCCAGCAUUAACCUGAACAGAGAGCAGUGCGACCUGCGCAGUCGCCGCACCUUUCCUUUCCUCCCUCACUAUGUGCUUUCUGUAUAUAUUGUAAAAAGGAAUUAUUUUAAAAGAGGUUGUUGGAUGCUAUUGGAUUUUCUUACCUUCUCUCUCUUUUUUUUGUCUGUUAGCCUUUUUUCUACCAUUGUUGACGUAAUAUAUCAACAUGUAGCUGAUAUAACAACUUUAUAUUGGAAGGUUGUUUUUGUUUUUUUACUAAUUUUUCUACCCCUCCUCUCCAAAGCCAAGUCAGUCCCACUCCGCUUUGAAUCUUUCUAGAAGCACAUGCAGUUUUCUUUUAAGUCGGUUUUAAAAUUCUCAAGGGAUUUUUAUUCAAGUCAACCUUCAAACAGCAGGAGGAAGUGUUGGGAAGAGAGAGAACCAGAACGAGGUGCUAUCUGGAGCUAGUUUUCCCAGCGUAUCGUGUAGUUAUCAUCUAAUGUGAAUCUGAAACUCUCAGGAGAGCAUUAUUGAAAUCACAGCCCUUAAAUCACCUCGGCAUGAUCAUCGCUCUCAGCUCUAUUAGAGAAAAGACGUUUUCUUUGACAUAUUUUAAUAUUAAAGAUUCCAUUACUUCCUCUUGUCUGUUUUGAACUUCAGCUUAUGUUAACACCACAUAAGUUCAUUUUGUUGCUGGAGAAGACCAGACCAGGUCUGUUUAUUUUUACCUUUACAUUUUUUGUAGAACUGUAUUCUCUGCCAAACCUAAAACAAUCAAUAACCGCAGCACUGGUCUCAGGCCAGCAGGAAGAGGCGAUGAUGCCAUGAUACCAUUUUUUGUUAUUAUAGUAAAAACCUCAAUUCGAGUUGUUCCGUCUUUGCGCAUAUAGCCAGUUAAACUCUGUGCUGUCUGGUGACUUGAUUGAAAAUUGUUGAGGAAAAAGCGCUUGAUUGUUUUAAUUUAUUUUGAGGGUUCUUUUUUCUUGUUGUUGUUGUUGUCGUUGUUUUUCUAGAACGUUCUUGUAGAAAGACCAGUUUGUUUUAACAGUUCACACAUUUGUUCACUAUUGUCUCAGACGGUGCUAAUAUAGUCUGCCCUGUGCGAUCAUCGUGGGAAGAGAAGAGGGAAUUCCCUUUUUUUGUUUUGGAUUUCUAGUUUCCAAUCGUAUUGACCCGCCCCAAACCCACAGUGCGCAGCGGCUCAGCGUCUGUCAUCGGUACUUGAAAGAAAGAUGUUUACACCUCUUAAUUUCUGUGUUUGGAUACGUUUCUCUUGUAAACCAUCCCUGCCUCUGUCCCUCUCUCUCUCUUCCUAGAGAUCUCUCAUGUAAAGUGUAAAUUGCUACAUUUUUUAUACAAACUGUAACUUGCCUUUGUACAUUUAGGCAGAAAAUAAAUCUUUUUAUGAGACAAUCA